AUGUUGUGGAAAGUGGAUUAUAAUGAAAUACGCUUAUCAACAGUUAAUAAGAAGUCCGACAGUCAGGUAAGCUUCAAGACUCAGUCGAUGGAAAGAGAUGGCUCAACUGUCAGUAUGUCCAACCCUCAGCCACACAAGUUCACUAUGGGCUAUUAUCGUGGCAUUGUGGUGGCCAUAAAGCGUGUCUGUAAAAGCCAUGUAGCUCUAAGCAGAUCCGACCACUUGGAAUUCAAGCAGAUGCGGGACCUAAGCCAUGAGAAUAUAAACCUUUUUAUUGGAUCUUGCGUUGACCCCCCAAAUCUGUGUGUUCUGUUUGCCUAUUGUUCUAAAGGCAGCCUUCAGGAUAUACUGGAAAAUGAUGAUAUCAAACUUGACUGGACAUUCAAGCAAUCUCUUUUAUCAGACUUGGUCAACGGUAUGGCCUACAUUCACUCGUCCAGUCUCGUAUCCCAUGGGCGUAUGAAAAGUAGCAACUGUGUGGUGGAUAGUCGAUGGGUACUGAAGAUCACAGAUUAUGGCCCAAGCGCGUUGCUUCAUGUCCAAUUCAAUAGUAGAGACUCAGAAGAACAAGAAAAAUUUAAAGCAUUACUUUGGACGGCACCCGAAAUAUUACGUGUACACGAACCACCUUCCCGCGGUACACAAGAAGGCGACGUUUACAGUUUUGGAAUUAUUCUUCAUGAAAUUGCUUUCCGUCAUGGACCGUUUCCAGCUGAAAGGAUGAUCUCAAAAGAUAUCGUUGGCAGAGUUCGCAAUGGUGAAUCAGUGCCAUUCCGACCGCUGCGAUUUCGGGACACAGACGUCGAUCCUUCUAUCACGAAUUUAAUGGAAAUGUGUUGGGCGGAAAAUCCUAAUCAGAGACCGGAUUUCAAUGGAAUUAAAACAUAUUUACGAAACCAUAACAAAGACACGGUUGGAAACAUUAUGGACAUCAUUCUAAAAAGAAUGGAGAGAUAUGCUAUUAACCUGGAGGAUCUUGUUGAGCAACGUACGCAAGCGUUGUUGGAAGAAAAAAAGAAAACAGAUCGGUUACUUUAUCAGCUUUUACCAAGGUUAGUCAUGAAUUAA